CCUUUUUAAGCUUCUACGCGCCCAGAUACCUAUAGACGUCCCCAGUCGCAAACUUCUUCCACCCCGUUUCAGCAGCACCAUCAGCUGAAACUACAUGACCAUCAAAAACGUGUCAUCAAGUCCAUGACCGAUAAAAAUGCAUUUUCGCCAUCCGUGGUUGAGGCUAUAGCGGGGUUUACAGCAGGGGUGAUCUCGACCCUUUGCUUCCAUCCUCUCGAUUUGAUCAAGACUCGACUUCAAGUGGAUCGGCAAUCGUCGUCUCGAAUCGGCAAUUCUCUGAGGGUGAUCUCAUGGAUAUAUCAGAAUGAAGGCGGUAUUCCUGCCUUCUAUCGGGGCCUCAGUCCCAAUAUUAUAGGCAAUUCGACCAGUUGGGCGUUCUAUUUCCUCUCGUACGGCAAGGUCAAACAGGUGAUGCAGACGCUGCGCGAUAAUGAACAGGAUGUCCUCGGCUAUUCGGAUUAUUUCAUUGCGUCAGGAACAGCUGGUCUCUUAACUGCCGUUAUUACAAAUCCUAUAUGGGUCAUAAAGACGCGCAUGUUGUCGACCGGCUCGCAUAUUCCCGGAGCAUAUAAGUCUUUUGCAUCCGGAGCGAAGGAGAUAUUACGUACGGAAGGAAUUGCGGGUUUCUACCGUGGUUUACUUCCUGCUCUUUUUGGCGUUAGCCAUGGGGCGCUGCAGUUUAUGGCUUACGAGAAGUUAAAACUGUACCGCCUUGAGACAAUAUCUCAAAGUACCAUAACCACCACCGCAGGAUCGGGCGGUAUGGCCCAAGGCCUCAGCAAUACCGACCUCCUCCUUGUCUCGAGUCUGUCGAAGAUAUUUGCUGGAUGCAUUACCUACCCAUACCAGGUUCUGCGGGCUCGGUUACAGACUUACGAUGCGGCCCUCAUGUAUCGAGGCGUUGCGGAUGCUACCGUGCAGAUAUGGCGCAGAGAAGGCAUCAAAGGGUAUUAUAAGGGACUCGGUCCUAAUCUACUGAGAGUCCUUCCCAGCACGUGGAUGACAUUCCUUGUAUAUGAAAACACCAAAGCUUACCUAACGGGUUAACAGUGAAUAAAAAGACUACAUGCCUACUAUACAGCCAGGGACUCAGCCAGAAGAGUAGCCAUAUCUUACUCCUGGGUGUCCAAGAACAAGGACACUGGUUCAUAAUGCGCUUCUUGGACGGGUACUCUAGUCAUCGUUUAGAUGCCUUUUGACAGUUGGGCGCGUCAACCUAGAACCCGACAAUGAGUGCUACUCGUAUGUAGUCUUUCGAUGAAGAAUUUGCCUUCCCGUUAUCCGUUGCCUUCUGCCCAAAUAUCAAAGUAAUCCGCCAGCACCAGAUAUGUAGCCAGAGGGA